AGUCGAUGUUCAUUUCGACUCGUUUGUGGAGCUAGCCACGCACGCCUUAUGUCAUCCACUCAAAAAAUGUUACAAAAGGUGUCUCACACUCGACCGUACAAUCAAACCACACAACCGGUUCACCACCACAGUCCAUCGCUCUCCCAAUUCCAUGGCGUUAUCCUCACUCUCUCCGUCGCCACCGCGUGUCACCACUCACUCCUCCGCCUCCUCACUCCCCAAAAUCCUCCACUCUGCCGCUUCCAACUUCUCAUUUCCAGCCACUAUCUACGUUGACGGCCUCUCAACCACAACCAAUUCCCCGCCAGAUUAUAGUAAGUGGAGAACCCACGUUUCAUUCUUCCCUGCUUUCUUCAACAACAAAACCAAGAACGUAGAGUCCAUCAAAAAAGAGCUUCUUGAGGCAAUUGCACCCCUUGAUCGCGGUGCUGAAGCCACUCCUGAAGACGGGCAAAGAAUUGAUCAGAUAGCUCGCAAACUCGAGGCAGUCAACCCAACGAAGGAGCCACUGAAGUCUAGUUUGCUGAAUGGGAAAUGGGAACUCAUAUACACGACUUCGAAAUCAAUUUUGCAAGUACAGAGACCAAAGCUUUUGAGAUCUAGAACAAACUAUCAGGCAAUUAACGCAGAUAGACUUAGGGCUCAAAAUAUGGAAUCGUGGCCAUUCUUCAAUCAGGUUACAGCUGAUUUAACACCUUUGAAUCCUAGAAAGGUGGCUGUACAAUUUGAUUGUUUCAAAAUUGGAGGGCUGAUACCAGUGAAAGCUCCGGGAAGAGCUCAGGGCGAGCUGGAAAUCACUUACUUGGAUGAAGAGUUAAGAGUAUCAAGAGGUGAUCUGGGGAACCUGUUCAUCCUAAAAAUGGUGGAUCCUUCAUACCGAAUCCCUUCCUAAUGCAUUCCACGAAGAUAAUUUGAUUGCUAAAUUUCUAGUGAUGACUGCAGAAAGAAUAUAUAGUAACCAAAGUUUCAUGUACAUUUUUUCGCUUGUAAUUAUUGAGCAGUUACUUAAAAGUUGAGCCAAAUAAGUCUUCUUUUA